AGGAGGCAGUGGGCCAGAGGGAAAACUUGUGACCUUUCCCCAAAGAGUCCAAGACUAAGCUCCCUGUGAAAACAGAGAGAGAUACCUGAGAUGAGUCAAAAGGAACAAUUAUGGAAGACUCACGUGGGAGGUGGAGAGCUUCUCUUUGAGCCAACAGCAGUUAAAGAUGAGGAUGGCCUCAUGAACUUUGACCAAAAUGAAGAUCACCAAGGCAAGGGGUAUGCGUUUGAGAAAGAAGAUGAAAGAAAUUCAUGGGAAGCUUCCGAGGAAGGGGAACUCCAUGUGUCUGAGGGAACAGCGAAUAAGAAUGUUUCCCAAGGCCCUGAGCAGAAAGAACUUGUUGAAAGUCCCCAAGGAAUGACAAGGCAGCAGGAAACCUAUUUGGAGAUGAGCACAGGUAAAUCCAUUCCUGGUUGGCAAAGUGCAAUCGCAGCUCAGGGGGGAAUUCGAGAAGAUCAGUGGCAAGAGACUUUAUAUGAACAUCUCUCAUGUGGGAGAGUCCAGGUGGAAGAGAAAAUAUACCAGUGCUUAUACUGUGGAAAAUCCUUCAAUGCCCACUUUAAACUUGUGAGACAUCACAGAAUCCACACAGGAGAGAAACCGUAUAAAUGCUUGGAUUGUGGCAAGAGCUUUGACCAGAAAGGAAAUCUUAUUGCACAUGCAAGAAUCCAUACAGGAGAAAAACCAUACACAUGCUCAGAUUGUGGGAAAAGCUUCAGUCACAAAGGAAGCCUGGUACUGCACAUGAGAAUCCACACGGGAGAGAAACCGUACAAAUGCCCAGAUUGUGGGAAAAGCUUUAGCCGGUCGGGGUCCCUUAAAGAACAUGAAAAAACUCACACAGGAGAGAGACCGUACACAUGCUUGGACUGCGGGAGGAGCUUCCGGAAAAUCUCUGAGCUUACAACGCAUCACAGGUUUCACACAGGCGAGAAGCCAUAUAAAUGCUCGGGCUGUGAGAAAUCCUUCAGUACAAGCUCUAAUCUUAUUGCUCAUCAGAGGACUCAUACAGGAGAGAAACCAUAUAAAUGCUCCGAUUGUGGGAAAAGAUUCAGUCAGGCUGGAAACCUUAAGGAACAUGAGAGAACCCACACUGGAGAGAAACCAUAUAAAUGCCCAGACUGUGGAAAAAGCUUCAGGCAAAUUUCUUAUUUUAUUAAGCACCACCAAACCCACCUUGCUGAUGAAGGAAUGCACGUGGAAGAGAAACUGUAUAAAUGCCCUGACUGUGGAAAAGGUUUUGGUGAGAAAGCAAGCCUUGGCAGACAUCAGAGAAUCCACACAGGAGAGAAACCAUUUAAAUGCUCAGACUGUGGGAAAAGUUUCUGUCUCAAAUCAAACCUUGUUGUCCACAUGAGAAUCCACACUGGAGAGAAACCGUAUAAAUGCUCAGAGUGCGGGAAGAGCUUCAAUCAGACAUCAAGCCUUCAUAAUCACGAGAGAACCCACAAAGGAGAGGAACCAUAUAAAUGCUUAGAGUGCGGGAAAAGCUUCAACAGACCCUCACAACUUAAGGCGCAUGAGAGAACCCACACUGGCGAGAAACCGUAUCAGUGCUCAGAGUGUGGCAAAGGCUUCAUUUACAACCAUCACCUUGUUAGACACAAGAGGAACCACACAGGAGAGAAACCAUACAAAUGCCUGGAGUGUGGAAGAGGCUUUAGUCUCAAAUCGACCCUUAUUAAACAUCAAGGUGUCCACACAGAAGGGAAAACGUAGAAAAGUUUCAGGUAGGCUUUGAACCUAAUGAGAAUCCAUAAAGAUGUCAGAAAUCAAACUCAGAGCAGGACUUGAACA